UCAAGCUAACUUGUGGCUUUAACAAGUAUGAUGGUUCAUAUGAAAUGCGCAAUAAAUGGGUAAUAAAUGAAGUAAAAUAAUAAAAAUGCUAUUUAAAAUGAAUUGAUAAAUAUUUUAUGAAGAAUUUCUUAUGUACAAUUCUAAACUGCUUAAUAUAACAAUCUCUGAAUUUAUAGUUGAUUUUUUAAAAAUCAUUUAUCAGUUAAACAUCAAAUAAUUGUAACAAUUUUAGUUACAUAAAUGCUUCAAAAAGACAACUGAAUGGUGAGAUAAGUUACACUGUAUAGCCACUCGGGGCAGUGUUGAGACAGUUUAUUUCCAAACCACAGGAGAGUUUCCCUGUUUUUCCCCUGGUUGUCAAGAAUUUUUACUUUCCAAUAAUACACAUAAUAGAGAUGAUUGUUAAAACGUGACUUUUUAUGAAAGAAAAAAUAAAAUAUUGUGUGAAAUUUGUCAGUCUACAUAUACAUAUUAAAUUUACAUUAGUGUUGACAUUGGACAAAGUAAAGCAAAAGUACAUUACACAAAUAAAUACCAUUUUACUAAUCAGCAGUCACUCCCAGCAUUGUCAUUAAUGAGCUUAGUCUGUUGCUAAAAGUUUUGUGUGUGGUUUUUUUUUUUUUUUUUUUUUUACCCCCCACUUCAAAGAGGAAGCAGUUGAGUCAUAUUGCUCCUGGUUCCUCUCGAGCACAUGACAAUUAGACUGAAGUUUAAAAGCUCUCAGACACAACUUGUCCCAUCAGUGAUGCUGUCAGUCAUGUUCGUGAAGCUCAGGCUGUUGGCUCUCAUAUUCUUUGUGACCAAGGAUGUUCAGCCCACCUAUGCUGAAACAAAGCUGGCUGGGCCCCAUAAUGUGAAGGUGACCUCCAUCAAUAUGGGUGCAGUUGUCGAAUGGACAUCUCCACACAAUCCCAUGAGCAACGUGACAUACACGACAAGAUAUUUCCUGAGAAACAAAAAUGUUGUCCUCUGUAUCAACACCAAAGAGCUGAAAUGUGAUGCAGGGAAACUGCCAGUUGCAUUUGGGACCUACAUUUUUCAAGUGCGGGCAGAGGAUCAGGAGCUGUUCUCUGAGUGGGUUAAUGCAUCCAAAUUUAUACUUAAUAAGCACAGUAUCAUAGGAGCCCCUACUGUGCGUCUUGUCGUCCAAAAUAAUAACUUGGAUGUGCACGUCCAGCCCCCAGUGCUAAAAGUGGGCAAACUUUCUACAAUGUUUGUACAAGUGAGCUACAUCAUCAGAUAUUGGACAGAAGACCUCGAAGAUGCGGCAAUAGAGAGGAAGGUCACUGAUGCCAAUGAGGAUGUUAAACUGACUAUUAAAGGACUACAUUCAUGGAGCAGAUUCUGUGCUCAGGCAAAGGUGCUUCCCAAAGGCUACACAAAUCUGGAACAGUUCAGUAAUGCUGUAUGUGUGUCCAGCAUACCUGUGACACCAGUGUUCACCAGCUGUGUAAUAGCUGCUGCCAUCCUUCUUCCUCUGGGAAUCAUGGCCGUCUGGUUCAUCUAUAAAUUGUACAAAUACCUGUACCCUAAAACCAACCUACCAGAACAUCUCAAGAAUCUAUUCGUACCAUCAUUUUGGAAUGCUGAGGGAACCCAGCAUUCUCCACACCAGAAAGAACAGCAUGAUAAAAUCAGUGCCAUAUCUGAGGACCAUCUUUAUGAAGCGCUCAGUGAGAAAAGCAAGAUCUCAGAGGACAAGGACUCUGGGUUGGCCUGUGAUCUACCGCCAAUACAAGAGGUGGAAGAGGACUACAAACUGCUCAUGAACAUGCAACCUGCACCAUCAUUUUACCCUAAUCAUCUCUACCCAUUAUGCGCGAAUAACACAAUAUUGACUCAUUUAAAUCAACCCCACUUCGGAGGCUCCACUAUCGCUCGACCUUGUUACUACAACGUAACAGUCACAAGCUCAGAGCUGAAACACACUGAAUGUGUUUGCUGAAGUCACCGAUAAGCUGAAAUGUAUGUACUUAAGAAUGAUCUUAUUUUCUGCUGUAAAUAUUAAAAAAAAAAAAAGAUAUAUAUAUAUAUAUAAUUAUGCAGUGGUGCAGUGGCUGUCUGUGGAAUGUAUAUAACUUCUUGCAUAAAAUGUUGUCUACUCAUGCUAACAAUAGACUGAAUGUACUUUUUUGAGAAACUGUUGUUGUCAUUGUAUGCCUGUAAAUGGUUGUAUUGUUGUUAUUUUGAAAUGCGUCACAAUAAAUGAAAGUGAGUUGGA